CGCAUGCGCGCAACGCAGUGCUCGUCAGUCAGAGAGCCGCAGAAAUGAAGCCCCCCAUCUCUUUCCGGUUGUGUUAGUCGUGUCACAGGUAACGUUUUGGAAAGUUCAGGAAAACGACGAAAAAAAACAAUCGCUCACACUAUAACAGCUGGCGCACCAGCACGGUGAUCCCUGACCAAUCAGGACGGGCGGAAACACGGCUAUUAAAGAGUGAUGCAGGUGGAUCGCGGUUGGACAGAGGUUUUUAAUGACCCGCCCCGUGAGGACAUGCACGGAGAGGAGACGUCAAAUCAGGUGAAGAGUUCCGGUCCCUCUGCACCCCGAUCCCAACCGCUGACCAUCAGGAACAGCUACAGCUCCAAAGGAGAUUUCAGACCUUCGUCGAUGCCGUCCAUUCCCAAUCCAUUCCCUGAACUGUGCAGCCCCUCACACUCUCCGGUUCGGGUCGGCUCGCUGGUGGGAAGCGCCACGGCCACUGAUGAAGACACGCACGUGGUAAGGGUGUUCGGCGAAGACACACACAGCCGGUCUGUGGUGGUGUCGUCGAUGGCGACGGCGCGAGACGUCUGCCACAUCCUGGUGGAGUCCACGCACUGUACGGACGAGGAGAACUGGGCUCUCCUCGAGCAGCACCCUUCACUGUUGCUCGAACGCUGCCUCGAGGACCACGAGGUGGUGUCUCAGGUGCAGUCCUCUUGGCCGCAGGACGGCGACACCAAGCUGCUGUUCCGCAAAAACUACGCCAAGUACGAGUUCUUCAAGAAGCCAGCGCAAUAUUUCCCCGAGAACAUGAUUUCGGACUGCACGGACGUCAAGACAGGGAUGACCCCGUCGCAGCUCGUGCAGAGCAUGCUGAAGUGCGGCUCGUGUCCAGAGAUCCAGGGCUACCUUCACGUACGCGAAGCAGGGAAGAAGUCGUGGAAGAAACUGUACUUCGUUUUGAGACGAUCCGGACUCUAUUGCUCCACAAAGGGCUCCUCUAAGGAGCCUCGACACCUGCAGUGCGUAGCCGAUCUCGCGGACGUCAGCGUGUAUACAGUUGGCAACAGUCGUAAACUCUACAACUCGCCCAAAGGCCACACGUUUUGCAUGAAGACUAGCAGGGGCAAAUUCCAUUCGCAGGAGCUUAAACUGUUGUGCGCAGACAGUGAGCAGAGUAAAACCUGCUGGGUUACGGCAUUCAGACUGUUCAAGAAUGGGAAGCAGCUUCAGUGUAAUUACCUUUUGGCACAGGCGAAUCCGAACCUACAGAUCCCCCCACGCAAUAACACCAAGCGAGCAGACGGAGAGGAGUCGAUGGUAGCCAUGGAUUUUUCAGGGAAGAGCGGCGGCCGCGUGAUCCUCAACCCGCGAGAGGCAGAGAGCGCCGAGCAGGAGGAGGGAUAUAACUGGAGGAAGAGAGAGGCGCUACGCUACAGCCUACCAAACAGCAGUCAUGGAUCACGCCCCCCAGCCGUGCAUCAGACUCAGCCCUGGUUCCAUGGCGGCGUUUCCCGGUCUGAAGCCCAGCAGCUGCUGGAGGAACAGGGGCAGGUAGAUGGGCUGUUUUUGAUUCGGGACAGUCAGCUGCAUGCUCAGUGUUUUGUCUUGUCUCUGUGUCAUCAGCGGAAGAUCAAACACUACCUACUUAUUCCCUGCGAGGACGGCGGGAGGCAGUACUACACGAUGGACGACGGUGAAACCCUGUUCAUCGACCUCUUACAGCUGGUGGAGUUCCACCAGAUCAACCGCGGCAUCCUCCCCGUGUGCCUCAAACACCCGUGCAUACGCGUCGCUCUCUGAGCCCUAAACCCUGCGCCCCCACACUCACCGUACCCACUGUGUCUACACCAUUCCAAACCGCACAAAACGUCUACAUGAACCGGCACAGAGCCACCACGCAAAUCGUCCCCGUUCACGUCUUCAGAAACUUUUGUGCAUCUGUAAUUGAUGAAGAAUUUUGCACGUUUUAUGUUGUUGUUGUUGUUGUUGUUGUUGUUGUUUCGGUUUGUUUUUGCAGGAUAUUAUUUAUGACUUCACGCGACAUGUCGAUGUUCACUUGUACCACCCCCUUGUUCUACAGGCGGCUAUUUAAUACACUUUAUUUCUCUCAUGGCGUGGAAUAAACUCUUCUGUAUACUCA